AACAAGAUCGUGGACCGGUGCAAGCACCUGCAGCUGCAGAGCGCUGCCAUCGCCCGGCACGUGGAUGAGGUGCUGCCUUCCAAGGACCAGGGUGUCCUGAACGCAGCCAAUGUGGUGUGGGAGCUGGUAAUCCAGCGGCUGAUCUUCAUGAGGAACGCAUGUGAAAAUGAAGAACAGCGGUUGCUGGAGAAGGUGCAUGUGGAGGAGGAGCGGGGGCACCAGAGCUUCCUGACCCAGCAGGUGCACUGGACUGAGGCUUUGCAGAAGCUGGCUGCCCUCUGAACCUACCUGGAUGACCAGGGCCUGGUGCGUGCCGAACGAGAGAUCUUCGAGAGGACAGAGGUGACGGAGGGAAUCUUAGAGCCACAGGAGUCCCCGAAGUUAAACUUUAACCAGACCUGUGUUCAGAGUCCACUGCUGCAUCGACUAUAGGCCUCUGCUGUUCUCUGCUGCAUCGCAG